CUUCUGGGUAAUUGUGCAUUUCAAAGUGAUAAGAAAAGAGACCCCGUCGACGGAGCGUUAUCAUCAUCCCCUACCGUCAGCUGGGUUUAGCAUUGUAGCUGGCUGGUGCGUGAACUGCAAAAUUGUUACCGCCCUUCGCCCAGUGUUGACACAGUAACAUUUUGUCACGGGCUACUGCGAAUGUGCUCUCUCAUUGCUCGCUCGAGGAUCGCUGCGAUCGACGACGAACGCUUUGUGUGCCUGCCUUUAGUUCGUUUGAGUCAUUCUCGGCUUCGACUAGCAGUUAAGUGAGAUAAUGAGGGCCGGACUGACUUAAACAUCCUUGAGCACAACAGUCGAGUGGGAAGAUUAUAGAAAGCGUUUUGACGAACAUCGUACUGGUGUGAGCUGAAGCUGUUGGAUUUUAUUCUCUGCUAACUACAUUCCGUGCAUAAUGGCUGGAAAUGAGGACGAAUCGGCUUCCACCAACGUAUCGGAUUCCACCGUGGAGCGUCCGGCUGGUCCGGAACAAAGACCAAAGCUGCUCACCAUAGAACCAGCGGUGCUACUGAUUUUCUUCGCUUGGAACGUAUCAGCGGCCGUAUUUGCAAACCAGAUCGUGUACCAAACGUGUACGGUUACACUGGGGAAGAAUGAAUCGCUUUGCGCGCAGCUUGGGACGGAAAACGAAACGAAAGAGGUGCAGGAUCUCGAGAAACUGGUGCAACCAUACUCGGCCAACAUUUUGAUGGCGAAAUCUUUGGUCGAAUCGAUCGUUCCGGCACUGUGCAGCAUGCUGAUUGGACCGUGGUCCGAUCGAUACGGCCGAAAACCGGUUAUUAUAGCUUGCUUCACGGGAGCGUUUCUCACCUACGCGAUCGUGGCGCUCAUCAGCUUCCUUUCCAUGCGCAUCGCCAUCAACCCGUGGUUCUACAUUGUUGCCUCCGUCACGACGGCCCUGUCCGGUGGUACCUGCGCCCUAAUAACGGUCAUCUUUUGCUACAUUGCAGAUAUCACGACGGAAAGCAAUCGUGCCAUGAAAAUGGCAUUUUUAGAAGCCUCAAUAUUCGCCGGACUGCUAAUCGGAACGUUAAGCAGCAGUUUUAUUCUCCGCUGGACUAACGCCUGCACGGUGUUUACGGCAGGAGCCGUUUCGGUGUUUCUUGCAUUGGUGUACAUAAUAUAUUUCAUCGAGGAAAGCAUCAAACCGAACGAUCUCGGUGUAGCUAACAGCAAGCUGCGUGAACUAUUUCGUUGGGAGUUGGUAACGGAACUGACGCAAACAUGCUUCAAGCGUCGCCCAAAUUAUGAUCGGCUCAUCAUUUGGCUAACGAUAGGCGCGCUAGGACUCAACAUUCUUGCGAUGGAUGGUACACAAACGGUGUAUUUGUUGUUCCUGCGCGAACAAUUCGGAUGGACGGUGAAAGACUACUCAUUCUUUGAUGCCACCAGCAUCGCUUGCAUGAUCUUUGGCAAUACGGUGGGACUGUAUGUGAUUAGAAAACUGUUUACACCGUCCGAUGCCGUCCUAGCGGCGAUCGGAUACUGCUGUUACGUGUUCAACAGCUCCAUCCAUGCCAUCGCCACCGAAUGGUGGCAACUUUAUCUUGGCAUUGGGAUUUCCUUCAUGAAAGGAAUAGCCGGACCGAUGAGCCGUGCCGUUAUUUCGACAACGGCAACACCGAGCGAUAUUGGUAAGAUUUUCUCCCUGACCACGUCCAUCGAAUCGCUAACGCCGCUGGCCUCUGCGCCCCUGUACACGUACGUGUACAAAAGUACCCUCUCCUGGUAUCCCGGGGCGUUCAAUCUCAUCACAGCGAGUGUCUACUUUCUCUGUUUCUGCCUUCUGCUAUUUGUGAGAAUCUUCCAGCGCAUGUACCAGACGCCGACGUAUUCAAUGGUGAACUAAGGGACAAUCAUGCAAUACUGCCUUUAAAGUAGUGAUAACAAUACUAAUGUGUUAAAAGAUAUCUUUAUUGUUGUAGCCGAAGAACAAACCGGAAUGUGAUGGAAUAAACUAUUUUUAUAUGACCGCGGCAUUUUUUUGAAA